AUGUCAGGACACAGUAAAUGGUCAACGAUCAAGCAUAAAAAAGGAGCCGCCGAUGCGAAACGGGGGAAACUGUUUACCAAACUGAUCAAGGAAAUCACGGUAGCAGCGCGCAUGGGAGGCCCCGAUCCGGAAGGCAACCCGCGUCUGCGGGCCUGCCUGAUUAAGGCGCGCACGGCCAACAUGCCCAGGGACAAUAUUGAGCGGGCCAUUAAAAAGGGGAUCGGGGACCCUGGUGGCCGGAGGACUACCAGGAAUUGCAGUAUGAAGCUUAUGCACCCGGCGGAGUGGGUCCUGUUGAUCGAGGCUCUGACCGAAAACAAAAAUCGAAGUGCCGCCGAUAUCCGUUCCAUUCUGAGUAAAAAUUGUUUGAGGCGGCCCCUGGAGGCGGGUGCAGAGGAUGUGGCCGAUUCAGGGGAAGUCUACACCGGGCCCUCAGACUUUGAGCAGGUGCUCGAAGCGCUGGAGGGAAAAGGCUUUGUCCAGCUUGGUGCCGAAGUGCAGUGGGUCGCUGAGCAGCGUUUGAGCCUGAGCCAUGAUGAUACCCGGAAGGUGCUGCAUCUGAUCGAUCGCCUGGAAGACUGCGACGAUGUACAGACAGUGGCCAGUAACCUGGAAAUCCCCGAAGACUUUGAUUUUCAUUCAAUGUAA